CGCCAUUUUCGCCACCAUUUGAGAGGCGUUUCACAGAUAGAGAUGCCUUUCGAGCAGAGAGUCAUCGCUCCGAUAGGUGUCGGCCGAAGAUGCGUCCCAAUGGACUCGGCGGGCAAUCUGGCCAUCAAUAUCCCCAACGAGUUGGAGUGCGUGACCAACGGCACGCUCGCCAAUAUCAUCCGCCAGUUGUCGUCGUUGUCGCGCUUCGCCGAAGACCUCUUCGGCUCUAUUCUCAGCGAAGCGUCAGUUCUUAUGGUCCGCUCGACCGCUCUGCAGACCCGCAUCGACCGCCUCUCGCAUAAAGUCGUGUCUCUGGACUCGUCUGUAGAGGAAGUGUCGCUCCAAGACAUCCAUUUGCGGAAAGCCUUCAAAAGCGGCGCUCAAUUCGAUCAGCAGGUCGUGUCGCGCGACUCCAUUCCCGACGCCAUUCAACGCGUGUACGCCAAGUGCGACCGCCCGCCGGCGCUCAACAAACUGAACCAAUACCGCGACGACGGCAAAGACGGCCUCAAGUUCUACACGGAUCCGAACUACUUCUUCGAGUUGUGGAGACAGGAAAUGCUCGCCGACACCGAGAAGGCGCUCGCGGGCCGCAAAGUGCCGAAAGCCAAGCUCCAGGAGCACAAGAAGGCCCGCAAAGUGCGACAGCCAAUGAACACUCGCGAACGCUAUCGGCAAAUGAUGGCCAAUCAGGGAGAGUUCAUCAUCGACCAGAAGAAUGGACUCAAUCUCGUCUAUUUGGACACAAAUGGCCAACAC